AUGCACGCGAUGGCAGCCUUUGCUGGCGCCUGCCUGCGCUCAAAGCUGUCGGUCAUUCCCAAACGGAUGCUAGCGUCCACUCAGCAGUCUGGCGCAAUGUCUGACGUUCUCUUUGAGACAAAGGGCAACAAGGGAAUCAUCACCCUCAACCGACCCAAGGCACUGAAUGCCCUCAACUUGGACAUGGUCCGUCUCAUCUACCCACAGCUCAAAAAGUGGGAAAAUGACAGGAACAUGAAGAUGGUCAUUCUGAAGGCAGCUGGCGACAAAGCUUUCUGUGCCGGUGGAGACGUUCGUGCAAUCGCCGAGAGUGGCAAAGGGUCAGAUCUUAGCCGCGACUUCUUUCGAGAAGAGUACCUGCUAAAUGCCAAAAUUGGAAACCUUGGUGUGCCAAUCGUGUCUCUGAUUCAGGGCAUUUGUAUGGGCGGUGGAGUCGGUCUCUCGGUGCACGGCAACUUCAGAGUGGUGACUGAGAAUGCAGUUUUCGCAAUGCCAGAAACGCAAAUUGGAUUUUUCUCUGACGUGGGUGGAUCUUACUUUUUGCCCCGUCUGCCUGGCAAACUAGGCGCCUACCUUGCCUUAACGGGUCGGCGAAUGAAGGGACUUGACAUCGUCAAGGCGGGAAUUGCCACUCACUUUACUCCUAAGGCCAACUUGCCUAACCUCGAGGGAGAUCUCUUGCGAAUUGAGGAACCUGAUGCUAACCGCAUAAGCCACGUUCUUUCCAAGCAUCAAGUAGACUACAAGCAGGAGUUCUCCGAGAAGCAGUAUGUUGGCAGAAUCAACACCGCUUUCGGCGCAGAUUCGGUCGAGAAGAUGAUUGAUAUUCUCAAGGAGGAUACCUCUUCAUGGGCUAAGGAGGUGCUUGACGAACUGCACAAGGCAUCUCCGCUGAGCCUCAAAGUGACGUUCGAGUUGCUGAAACGAGGCCAAAAGUUGAACCUUCCCCAGUGCCUCAUAAUGGAGUUUCGAGUGUCGCAAAACUUACUCAAAUACGACGACUUCUUCAACGGUGUGACUGCUCGCCUCAUCACAAAGAGUGGAAGCCCCAGUUGGAAUCCUAAAUCGUUGUCUGAUGUCACCGACGACAUUGUCGAGGGAAUGUUCAAGGCUGUCCCCGGCUUGAAAGAUUUGGAUUUGUAG